UAUCUACCUCACAAACAGGGAUCCACUACUUCCAAAGAGAAGCAGAGUUCGGAUUAUGAGCGUGGCUGACUCGAUUCUUUAAAACGAUGGAUCGAAAUUUCUACCUUGGGCUUUACUGGCUUUCCCAGGAAUGGAUAUCUCUACCGUCUCGAAUUCAGGAUGUGAUUUGGAUUAUUCAGGGUGCCUACUACCCCAUUUUAGCGAUCAUCGGCAUUCCUGUUAACAUAGUGACGAUAAUGAUCCUAUCUCGCAAAAAGUGUGGUCUCUCCAAAUGUGUCUCCUGUUACCUAACAGCCAUGUCAGCGACAGACCUACUGGUCAUUAUCAUCGAUUUGAUUAUGAGACAAAUACCAAUUGUUUAUUAUGUCCAUUUCAUCUUCCUGUAUUCCGUCCCUGUGUGUAACAUCCACGCCAUCCUGCUUUAUGCAGUCAUUGACUGUUCUGUCUGGUUCACUGUCGCUUUCACCUUUGAUCGAUUUUUGGCCAUUUGUUGCCACAAACUGAAAAGCAAAUAUUGCAACGAGAAAACAGCGGCUGUGGUUCUAGGCACAGUGUCUGUGCUGAGCUGUUUAAAGAACAUUUUCUGGUAUUUUAUGUUAACAGAUCAGUAUUGGCUGAUGAACAGGCCCUGGUUUUGCCGUGUAACGAUGGACGUCCGGAAAUCUCUGUUCUGGGUCACACUGGAGUUCUUCCAUCACAUUCUCACUCCGGGUCUCCCAUUCAUAUUGAUUCUGUUGCUCAAUAUUUUGACCAUCCGACACAUUUUCGUGACCAGCGAAGCCCGCAGGAGACUCAUUGACCAGAGCACCAGAGACCUAGAAAUGCAGAGUCGAAGGAAAUCCAUCAUUUUACUGUUUGUUAUCUCAGCAAAUUUUAUCCUGCUGUGGUCAAUGAUAAUGCUGUAUUCAAUUUGGAACCGAAUGUAUUCCUUUGGUUUUCAGACUAUCUGGAUACAUGAUUAUGUACAGGAAUUAGGUUUCAUGCUGCAGCUACUCAGUUGCUGUACAAACACUGUAAUAUAUGCUGUGACGCAAACUACAUUCAGACAGCAGCUGAAGAGUGCUAUGAAAUAUCCCUUUACAGCAAUUGUUCAAUGUGUACAAUAGUUCUGAGAGAAGAAGCCAAACAAAACACAAGAUUUA